UCUGUCGUUUUGUUCUUGUCAGCUUAAAUGAUGAUUUUGGUCAUGGUUGAGUUAACUCAGGGACGAAAAAAUGUCGGUAACUUACAGAGCAGAUGUUGAACAAAUAUUUCGCCGUUAGGGUUUAAAAAGUAAAACAUGGUGUUGAUUCAGCUAUACACGCGGUACAAUAGAGUGUGGAUUCCAGAUGCUGAACAUGUAUGGAAAUCAGCAGAGAUUGUGAAAGACUUCCAUUAUGGAGAUGAUAGUUUACAACUGCUUCUGGAAAAUGGCACAGAACUCAAGCUGCCCGUUGACUCGUCGCCAGCAGAACUCCCUCCUCUUCGCAACCCUGACAUCUUAGUUGGGGAAAAUGACCUCACUGCACUCAGCUACCUCCAUGAACCUGCAGUCCUGCACAACCUUAAAGUGCGCUUUCUAGAGUCCAGAAUCAUCUACACCUACUGUGGCAUCAUCCUGGUGGCUUUGAAUCCGUACAAGCAGAUUCAUAUCUACGGAGAUGCAAUCAUUCACGCAUACUCGGGUCAGAACAUGGGCGACAUGGACCCUCAUAUCUUUGCAGUGGCCGAGGAGGCUUACAAACAGAUGGCCAGAGACCAAAAGAACCAAUCUAUCAUCAUCAGUGGCGAGUCUGGAGCUGGUAAAACAGUGUCGGCUCGAUAUGCUAUGAGAUACUUUGCUGUUGUCAGCAAAUCUGGCAGCAAGACCCAAGUUGAAGACAAAGUCUUAGCGUCCAAUCCCAUAACUGAGGCCAUCGGGAACGCAAAGACGAUCAGGAACGACAACAGUAGCCGUUUUGGGAAAUUCACUGAGAUCAGUUUUGACAACAGGUAUCGAAUCAUUGGUGCAAACAUGAGGACUUACCUGUUGGAGAAAUCCAGAGUUGUUUUCCAGGCUGAGUCUGAGCGAAACUAUCAUAUAUUUUACCAAAUGUGCGCCUGUGCACAUCUGCCACACUUCAAGGCACUCAAACUGUUGAGUGCCGAUGAGUUCAACUACACAGGCAUUGGUGGCGAUAUCAUUAUUGAAGGUGUGGACGACAGGAAAGGCAUGGAGGAGACUCAGCAGACCUUCUCACUAUUGGGACUGAAGGAGGACUUUCAGUCUGAUGUCUUCAAAGUUCUUGCAGCCAUUCUCCAUCUGGGAAACGUGGAAAUUAAGAGCUCUGGUGAUGAUAGGUCCACCAUUUCACACAGCGAUUCACAUCUGCACAUCUUCUGCGAGCUGUUGAGUGUGCGUGCAGACGACUUAGUGCGUUGGCUGUGCAAUCGGAAGCUUGUCCUGGUGGCCGAGACGGUGGUGAAACCGUUGCAUAAAGACCGCGCAGUGAAUUCCAGAGACGCCCUAGCCAAACGCAUCUAUGCACAUUUGUUUGACUGCGUCAUUAACAAGAUCAACAAAGCACUGCAGGUUCCCGGGAAGCAACAUGCUUUCGUAGGGGUUCUGGACAUUUAUGGCUUUGAGACCUUUGACAUCAACAGCUUUGAGCAGUUUUGUAUCAACUAUGCUAAUGAAAAGCUUCAGCAGCAGUUUAACUUGCAUGUUUUCAAACUGGAACAGGAGGAAUACAUGAAAGAAGACAUCCCGUGGACGUUAAUAGAUUUCUAUGACAAUCAGCCAGUCAUUGAUUUGAUUGAAGCCAAAAUGGGAAUCCUUGAUUUGCUUGAUGAAGAAUGCUUGUUUCCUCAAGGCACUGAUCAAAGCUGGCUCCAAAAGCUGUACAACUACCUGGAUGGCAAUCCCUUGUUUGAGAGGCCCAAACUGUCAAAUGAGACCUUUGUCAUUCAACACUUUGCAGACAAGGUGGAGUAUCAAUGCAAAGGUUUUCUUGAGAAGAACCGAGAUACUCUUUAUGAAGAACUGGUUGCGGUUUUGAGAGUCAGCAAGUUCGCCUUUCUGGCCCAAUUUUUCCAAGAGGAGGGGCCGAGUGUUCCGAACAUAAAAGGUAUCAAGGUGAAGCCGGCCAGGCCUGGUGUGAAAUCUACCAAUAAACAGCUGAGGGCCUCAGUUGGAGCUAAGUUCUGCAGCUCUCUGUCGUUGCUGAUGGAGACACUGAACGCUACCACGCCUCACUAUGUGCGCUGCAUCAAGCCAAACGAUGAAAAGCUGCCAUUUGAAUAUGAUUCCGGAAGGGUGGUGCAGCAGCUGCGGGCCUGUGGAGUGCUUGAAACAAUUCGCAUCAGUGCCCAAAGUUACCCAUCAAGGUGGACCUACUUUGAGUUUUAUAGCCGCUACAGUAUCCUCAUGACCAACGAGGAGGCGGGCAUCAGUGACAAGACACUGGCGUGCAAAGAUGUGCUUCAGAGGUUGAUUCAGGACCCCAACCAGUACAAGUUUGGUCGCACAAAGAUCUUCCUCCGAGCUGGUCAGGUAGCAUAUCUAGAAAAGCUGCGCCUGGACCGACUAAGAGGGGCGUGCAUUACCAUCCAGAAAUACGUCCGUGGACUGAUCCAGAGAAGAAACUACCAACGCUUGAGGCAGGCAGCCAUCCUGAUACAACACUACAUCCGUGGCAAGAAGACUGUACGUAAAGCAGUGAGCGCAGCAAACCUGAAGCAGGGAUGGUCAGCGGUUGUCAUUCAGAGGUACUGGAGAGGCUUCCGCAUUAAGAAGAGCUACCAAACGGUACGCUUGGGCAUCAUCAUCAUCCAAGCUUACACACGAGGUUGGCUGGCCCGUAGAUCCUAUUCAAAGCUGGUGGAAGCACGCAAGGCAUCGGUGCUGCAGAAGUACGCCAGAGCAUGGCUCGCUCGACGGCGUUUUAACGCCAUGCGUCGAUUGGUGCAACAGGUUCAGCUGUCAUUCAGGGUGCAGCAGCUCCGAAAGAAAAAUGAGGAGCAGAGUAAGGAGAACUGCGGGUUGGUGGAAAGACUGACCAGUUUGGCCAACUCCCAUUCUCAAGCCAUGGAAAGGCUGCAGGCUCUGGAGACACAGCUGAAAAAAACAGCCACUCAGAAGGCAUCUUUGGAAGCAAGAGAGAAGAAGGUCAAAGAAGAUGCCUCUCUGAGAGUGACUGAUCUUCAAAGUCAAGUUGAUGGCUUAAUCAUCAAGAAACAGAGCAUGGAGAAGAUGUUUGAAGCAUCAUCCAAAGAACAACAAGAAAAAUUUGAUCAAAUAAAGAUGACUCUACUGGAGGACAAAGAAACUCAAGCAAAGCUUCGAAAAACCGCCGAGUCCAACCUUGAGAUCCAGAGAAAGGAACACGACAAGGAACUGGGAUUCUUGAAAGAGGAGCUCAGGAAGUUGAAGGACGAGAGAAUCAGUCUGCAGAUGAAGUUGGAGGAUGGCGACCAGAUGACUGCCGACCUGCAGGAUCAGGUGGGCCAACUCACCAAGCACGUCAAGGUCAUUCCUGAUCUCCGCAGAGACCUCAGCAACCUACAGAAUCAAAAGCAAACCAUAGAGCGGAAGAUGAUGCAACAUUCUGAAGAAGCAAGAGCUAAACUGCAUGACAUUUCAAGACUCCUCACGGGAAGUGUCGUUAAAGAAGAAGUUAUUUUGGGGCUAACUGCAGAUUAUUCCGAGAAGACAUAUGAAGCAGAAGACCUUCUGGCAGCUUUUACUGGUCUGGAAAAAGCGACCAGAACUUUGGAGAACCACCGCAAGGAACAGAAGGAAAGAUACGAGACGCAAAUAGAAGGCUUGAAACAGAAAGUGGAUUACUUUCAAAAUGAGAACAGCAGCUUGCACACGCUUUUUACAGAGAAAAAUAACGUCAAUGAGAACAUUCGCCAAGAGGUGUGCCGACUGAGCAGCGAGAACUGUGUUAUACCUGAGCUGAAAGUUCAGAUUUCAGAGCUACAAAGACAGAAACAUGAAUGUGAGGUUCUUGUAGAAGAGCAGAGAAAAGAGUUAGAGGAAAAAGCAGCCGAGAUGAAGAAUAAUCUUCAAAAGAGGGUUGAAGAAGCCAGUUCAAAGUGCAGGCACUUUGAGGAGCAAGCUGAGGUGCUGGAGGAGGUCAAGACGACACUUCAAGAUCAAAUCAGAGACCUUCAAGAGGAGACUGCUCACCUGAACAAGCAACUACAGAUGGAGAGAGAUGCCAAGAUCCGACUGAGGCUAGAAGCCGCGGAGUUGUCUUCUAGAAAUUUGGACUUUGAGGAGCAACUUGACCAGAAGGAAAGAGUUAUUAAACAGUUAGAGAAUCAAAUGAUAAGCCUUGAAACAGCCCAGAAAAGCUCCUCACCAGGUCCUAAACAUUAUCUUGGAAUGUUGGAAUGCCAUAAAGAAGAUGAAUCCCGUCUCAUUCAGAAACUUAUUUUAGACCUUAAGCCCAAAGGUGUGGCGGUCAACAUGAUCCCAGUUCUGCCAUCUUACAUUCUCUUCAUGUGCAUUCGCUACGCUGACUUCAUGAACGACGAAGAAAAAUUGCUGUCUUUUAUGAAUGCCACUAUUACUGCCGUCAAAAAGGUCACCACGAAUCACCAGAAUGAUUUGGCCUUAUUGUCCUUCUGGCUGUCCAACAUGUACCAGCUGCUCAAUUGUCUCAAGCAGUACAGUGGAGAAGAGGAGUUCAGCAAGCAAAGUACCCCCCGUCAGCUGAGCAACUGCUUGCAGAACUUUGAUUUGUCAGACCACCAGCAGGUUGUCAGCGACUUGGCCAUCUGCAUCUAUCACCAGUUAAUCUCAGCCAUGGAAAGAGCUCUCACCCCUGCGAUUGUGCCCGGAAUGUUGGAGCACGAGAGCUUGCAGGGCAUUUCCAGCAUGAAACCGAGAGGCUUCAUUAAACGUUCUAGCAAAAACAAUGAAGACACGGAGACCUACACCAUCACCUUCAUCAUCCAGCGACUCUCUCACUUCUACACUAGCAUGACUCAACACGGCACAGAGCCACACAUCGUUAAACAGGUGGUCAAGCAACUGCUCUUCCAUAUUGGGGCGACCACCCUCAAUAACAUGCUAUUGCGUAAGGACAUGUGCUCCUGCAGGAAAGGAAUGCAAAUCAGAUGCAAUAUUAGCUACCUGGAAGAGUGGCUUCAGGAGAAAGACCUCCAGAAUUGUCAUCUUAUCGACACUCUGAAGCCGUUGACAGAGGCUGCCUGGCUGCUGCAGGUCAGCAAGUCCACAGAUGACGACGCCAAGGCCAUCACUGAGACAUGCGUGGAGCUCAACACAGUUCAGAUAGUCAAGAUUCUGAAUUCAUACACGCCCAUGGACGCUUUUGAGAAAAGGGUAGCGUCGUCGUUUGUCCGCAAAGUUCAGUCGCUUCGACAAGAUCACGACAGCAGCGCGCAGCUGAUGAUGGACGCAAACUAUCGUUUCCCUAUUACGUUUCCUUUCUGCUCAUCCUCGCAGGCUUUAGAGUUGCUGCAGGUUCCCAAUAGCCUUCACCUGGAUUUUUUAACUAUGAUUUGAACUUAAUUUUAACCUAUAAUCAGCUUUGGGAUAGAUGAAAUCUCUUUUAUCGUAGAGAAUAUAUGUACAUCACAAAAACAUUAGGAUGGAACAUUGGGUGCAAAAACCUUUACAGGUGAACCUAAAUUGACCUUUUUGAAAUGUUUUAUAUCCGAUUGUUUCAGUUGUUUUUGCACAAUUUCCUGUAUUUAAAAGGUGCUGAACAGCAAAAUUCACAGCAGGUGUUUGAUUCAUAAAUUGACGGGUAAUGUUUUUAAGGACGUGUGUCCACAUUUGAGCUUUUCUGUGAGCCUUCCGUUUUUCCAUUCAAAACAGAGGAGACAUACUGAUUUCAUUUAAUUUUCCUUGAUAUAGUUCUUUUGAAGUGCAAUAUUUAUCUAUUCGUAAAUUGCAUUUUACUGGAUAUGGUUCUUAAUGGUUUUAUUGAAAAUGCAUUCUCUGUAUGUCCCAAGACUGCACAUAUACUGCACACAACAUGAAGCAACUCAGCAUCGUCAAAUGAGAGCCAAUUGUCCAAUGAGUCAGACAAUAAUGAAUUGCAAUGGCGGUAGCAUUUUAAGUGAAGGAUGUUUGAAUACAAAUGGUGAAGCAAUAUGUGUAGACAGACAGUACAAAAUGAUUUGGCAUAAAUGAUUUAUCUUUGGAAAAAAUGACUAAAAAUACUACAGCAUACUGAGUCGAUUGUGAAACUCAUCUUUGCGUGAGUCAUCUUCGUCAAGGUGUGCACAAACCCAAAGUUUCAUUAAAUUGAAGCAUAACGUGCUAAAACUGUUUAA